AUGGAGAACCCCAGUAAUAGUACCGGUCAUCUACCUAAGCAGUCCUUUCUAGCUCGUUUGUACAGCCAUACUACCACACCUGCACCGGGAAUAGCGAACGCAGCCCUCCUUUUGGCAACACCGAUUGUGUCUCCAGGAAUACAGAAUCCAGCAAAUGCGGUGGAACGUGCAGGCAGAGUUCAGUUGCUCAACAAGUUUACUAGGCCGCAAUAUUUGGGACCAAGCAAACGUGUGGCUCUUCUGUUUGGUGGUGCUAAUGCGCUCGGUGCAUGGAUAAUUCAUGAUCAAGACCUAGAGUCAGGUGCAGGGUUCCUGGCCGCCUGGUCUACUCUUUAUUUAAUUGUAGGUGGUAGAGGGUCUAUUAAGGCAGUACGGUACGGAAAGGUCUGGCCGCUUGUACUAACCGCUGCUUCAGGGCUUAAUGCCCUACUGUACAGUAGACGGUUUAUCUCUGGUGCUGGUGCACUAGUAUAA